AUGGAGUCUGCAAACAAGGUUAUCUUGAAAGGACUCCGCAAGAGAUGUGGAGAGUCUAAGGGUGCAUGGAUAAAUGAGUUUCCAGUGGUUCUAUGGUCUUAUAACACGACUCCUCAGUCAGCAACUGGCGAGACACCUUAUAGGCUAGUCUAUGGGGAGGAUGCCAUGAUAUCAUUAGAACUAAGUGAAAGGACUUGGCGGGUGGCAGUCUUCAACGAAGAGGAAAAUGAAGCCAACUUGAAGGCGAGUUUGGACCUCCUACCUGAGGCUCGAGAAGAUGCUCACUUAAGGGAAGUUGUUGUGAAACAGCGGGCAGGCAGGGGAUACAACGCAAAGCUUGUUCCGCAACAAAUUGAAGAAGGUGAUUUGGUUUUACGGCGAAAAACGAGGUCGUUUGAUGACAACAAGCUCACCUCGAACUGGGAAGGACCGUUUAGAGUCCUGAGAUAG